ACUCCUCCUCUCCCCAAAAGGUGAAUCCAUUGUAUGCAUACAUAUACGUAUAUAUAUAUCAUGAACCCCUCCUACCCCAAAAAUGAUUCAGAUAUUGUAUACAUAUAUAUACAUACACACACAUUAACAGAAACAGCAGAUAACUAGGCGCUCAAUAUUUUGAUCUGGGUUUAAUGGAGAAACUAGAAAUGGUUGAAGAUCCAAGGUGCUGCUUAAUGGUGUUGCAUCAUGACGAUCAUAAGCAUGCAAAACAAGAAGAUGAUCUCUGGGUGAUCAUGGAGAGUAGUGAUGAAGAUAAUCAUACAUACAACACGAUGUCGUCAUCAUCAUCCUCCUCCUCCUCCUCCUCCUCCUCUCUAGGGGAUACAAGCAGCCAUUCAAAUGGAUCUUCAUCAUCAGCAGCAGACAUGGUAUAUGAUGCAUCUUCGUCAUCUUCAAGUACUUGUUCAUCUCCUAAUUCCAGUGGACCUUUAUAUAAAUUGUUGGAGCUCAUGGACCAGCUUCCCAUCAAGAGAGGGCUUUCCAGGUACUACAAUGGCAAGUCUGAGUCAUUUACUUGUCUGUCAAGGGUGAGGAGCAUCGAAGAAUUAGAAAAGAAGGAAAAUCGUCCUUACAAGAGAAGAAAAAUGAAGUCAUUCUAGCAGCUAUGGAGGUUAGUUCACGGAUACCCAGAAAGCCCACCAUUUCAAAGAAGAUGUGAAGAAUUUUUUUUUUUUUUUUUUUCCAUUCCCGGCCAGAAAUGGAAACUGUAGGCCUCCUCUGCUUCUUCUGCAGAACCACACUUUUGUUAUUUUGCCUCGUUGUAUAUUAUUUUUACUUUUUUCUUUUAACCUACAUGUUUUUGCUAUACAAGCAGGUUGUAUCUAUAUACACGCAUACAAAUUUAUAUAGAGAGGAACAAGCUUAAUUUACUA